AUGAACUCAAAACAAGUAAGCGAAAGUCAAGUAGUCGGAAGUUCGUCGGAUUCGGAUGAUGAGAAUGGUACUAAUGAUGGAUAUGAUUUGGAAACGUGCAUUGAAGAAUGUGGUGGAAUUGAAAAAUUCUUCAAAUCGCCGACAAUUAUAUUGUACAACCGGAACUUACAAAAUCAAACUGAUCUUGAAAAUUAUAUUCUGGAGCAUCUACCUGACUACAAGGACAACAUAUGCUUAUUUCCUGGCGUGAAAGGCUCCGACGAAUACAAACAGAAAAUCAAUGGAUUAUAUCGCUCAUAUCGAUCAAAAUCGACCAGUUCAACAAUUUUAUUCAAAGGGAGUUCAUCAAAAUCAACACCAGCGCAGCAAAUAUUGAUGAAGAAUAAAAAUAUGUAUCUAUAUGUGGAUGCCGUAAUGAAAAAUAAAAUAUCCAAGAUGAAGAAAAUUAAAGUUCGUAAAGGCACAGGAGACCAGAAAAAUGUCGGUAACCUCGACAAUAAUACCGAUGACGAAUCUGAGGACUGCGGUGUUUCGAUACAAUGCAUACAAAAGCCUCACGGUUCACCUGGUUGCAGUUCAAGAGCAUCUCUGAAUUGGAAGGGCGGGUCAAAAAAUUGUGGCUUCUACAGACUUUUCGACAAACAACAAGAGGUGAAAGAAUGCGUCAGUAGUGUACUAAGCUACGGUCGUGAUCAUGGAGUUCUCUUAUCUGGCGUACAAUUAAAAGCACUAUUCGACAUUCAAAACGUUGAAAUUACUAAGAGUAGAGCUAAUGAUAUCGUUCAAUUGAUUUCCACCUGUGUGGAUGUUAUCAUAAAUCCACACUUUGUAACACCAACAGCUAAAGGACCAAUCUACGAAAUUAGUCCAGAUAACAAACUAAUUGAAAUAUAUCCAACAAGACCUGUACCGGUUCCAAGUUCAAUAUUAGAAAGUCUUAAAAAGGUCAAAGAAAAUGAACAGCUUGUCAAAUACCCAUCCAAUCGUACCACGAGUAAUAAUGAAACUUUUCUUUCUCGUUUCCAGUUUGUUGAAAUGGUGAAUAGUCAACAAACUUUGCUUUUUGUCGACAAGAAUAAUGCUGAUACAGAUAAACCUGCUGAUAGUGCACAAACAGAACGAAACAAAGCAAAACUUAUCGCUGAAAACAACUGUAAUGAGAAUAGUUCCUCAAAGCCUGAGCAAGGUGACUUCAAAAAAACUGGUGAACGUGUUGAAAUCAAUUCUUACAUAAGAAUCGAUAAUGAUGAAUUGAACCAAAACAUCAUUGAAAAUCAUAAUAUCUCAUCAUCGUACGGUCCAAUGAAUGAACUUGAAAACGACAACUACCACGAAAACUUCAAUAAGAAUAUUCCCCGCAGUUCGACGCCCAUCAAACAACAGAAAAAACAUCUGACGCCAUGUGUGUCAAUGGAUACUGAUCAAAAUGAGUCAUCUACGGCAGCUAAUCUGGAUGAUCAAGCUUCAUCGGAAGUGGAAGCUUUGCCUCACGCACCUUGCAUUGGUUCAGUAGUUGACGAAAACAAAGGGAAACAAGUCGGAGUUGCGUCAACUUCACCAUUUUCGAAAUUAAAAGGCACCGCAAGUGAACAAGCAUCGACAACUUCCGUCUCCACCUCCAACGCUUUCCAUCAUUCAGAUACAUGUGAAGAAGUAUCUCGACAUCCAAGCACAAAGCAACAAGGAACAUCACGAAAAUUGCAUGAAAAAAAGCAAACUAAGAGCACUGCAUCUAGUCGAAAGAAACCCGAAUCUAAUGAACGUCGUCGUUCUUCAUUUGGUUUACGUCCAACAACCAAAAAGAAGAGACAACAAAAGUGCGCCACUCCAUCUUUGAAACGAAAGUCGGAUCAGCAAAACAAAGACUUAGUCACAUUCGAUAUAUCGCCAAAAAAGAGAAAAUUGCGUGAAAAUGAAGCGUCUUCAGUUGUUCUUAUUGCCAUUCUUUUCUUGUUCAUUGCUAUGAAUCCGAAGAAAAUAUCUAAAACUGGUGACACUCCAGCACUUCCUGUUUUGUCGCAACCUUCAUCAAUAUCAUCGCUUAGUUCUCAUUCAACGCCACAAAAUGAUACGCUGACUCAAACACAAUCGCUGCAGCUAGAGUAUAAAGAUUCGAACCCGCUUCGCCAACAACAGUAUCAAGAUACAUAUCCACAGCAAUCGCAACUGCAGGUUUUGUCACAAGACGAAUGGAAUUUAAUACUGUCCUUUCGAAUGAUGAAGAAUUUGACAGUUUUACCAUCGUGCCAACUACCAUUUUCAGUGCAUCAUCAAACUAAUCAUUCAACUUUGUCAGCAAGGAUUUUCCCACCUUCUCAAUCAGAUGAUCAAGAAUCAACGUCGAUGAUUGUAGGAAUACCGUCAUUUUCGGUUAAUGUUCCAUCAUUCUCAUCAUCAGUCGAUACAGUGUCAUGUCCACCUAUACCAAUCCCAACCAAUAUUCCAUUUUCAGCAGCAGCAUCACUUUCAAUAACUAUUUCACCACCAACAUCAUCAUCAGCAGCCUCAACAAUUUCGUUAUUACCAUUACCUCAUCACAACGAUUCAUUCGCACUACAGUUUCAGUCGCAAAUUUCUACUUCAGCAGAAACAAUCGUUACAUCGUCGUCAAAUCAGUCAAAAGGUUCAAACCAGUAUUCCUCGGCGUCUUCUCAUUGUCAUCAAUUAUCUGAUUCGAAUGCACCAAUAACAUAUAACUAUGAUUCGUUAUCAAAAGGACCGCUUGUACAGUUGCUCGAUCCAACGAAACCAUAUACGAUUGGCGACGCGUUGAAAGUUGGAGGGCGUGUUUUGACAUCCGAUAUUUCAUCGAUGAAAUACUGGGUUGAAGACGAUAUAACAAUUGCAGAAACGGCCGCAGGUGGUCAUAUAUUACACAUGGGUGGAUAUUCAUAUCUUAUUAGAAAUCAUGGGAAGAAUUUUACUGCUUGGGAGUGCCAACACAGACGUAAGCAGCACUGUUCAUCAAUUGUUAUUCGAUCUUCGGAUCCAACCAUCAAAAAUUAUUUUCGUAUAUAUUCGAUCCAAGGCGAACAUAUUCAUGAAUCCUCUCCAGAGCAUAUCGAAAUACGCACGUUUAAAGAACGCAUUCGAGAUCGUUGUCGUGAUGAACUGUCUUCACCAAGAAAGAUUUAUGAAGAUGAACUGUUGAAAGGGAAGUACUCCACCGAAAUGCUGGCGCUACUACCCACUUUCUAUAACAUGCAUUCUCACUUAUAUCGAAUCAGACUGCAACAUCUGCCAACAUCUCCAACUGACCAUGUGUUUGUUCUACACCCAGGAUUUACUACUACAGAUAAAGGAGAAAGGUUCUUACUCUAUGAUUCGAUGGCUGUUGACGUGUCCGACACUCCUGUGCCAGCAGAAAUUGGUCGUUUAUUGAUUUAUUCCAGCGAUCUACAGCUCAGCGUUCUAUCAAAGUCUCUUCGUGUGGGUAGCGAUGGAACUUUCGCAACAGCUGCUCAAAUCAGUCAACAAAACUACGUUUUGAUGGGCGACGUCGAAGAAACACAUGCAGUACCGUUAGUUUUUUGUUUAUGUGAACGCAAAACGUAUGAAACAUAUCAACUGAUAAUAAAAAUCUUGAAAAACGCUAUGGCAAAUUUGAAGCUGGUGUGGAAUCCACACUAUUGGAUGAGUGAUUUUGAAGGUGGAUUAAUCCGGGUUAUCAAGGAAGAGUUUCCUGAAACAGAAAUACUGGGCUGCACGUUUCAUUAUUGUCAAGCAAUAUAUCGUAAUAUACAGAGCAACGGUUUGCAGGAAUCAUACCAAAAUAUCGAUAAAGUUCAGCAAAUCUUUCGACAUAUUAUGGCAUUGGCAUUCAUACCAUAUGAGCAAAUUAGAAAAGUUUAUUUUGAAGUAAUUAAACCGGAAUUGAAUGCCAUUCCUGCGAAACCAGUUUUUCUUCGUCAAAACAUACGAUUGUUUUUCAAAUAUUUUGAGUCGUAUUGGUUAAAACGAAUUGAUCAAUUCUGCGUAUUUGACUAUCCAACCCGCACCAAUAAUGGAUUAGAGGGUUAUAACAACAAAAUGACCGCACAAUUAAAUGCUCACCCACACUUAUACAGAUUACUAGUCUGGUUUGAAAAAGAAGAAUUGCUCGUACAGCAAAUAGUUGCUAAACUGAAUUUCAAUCAACCGGUUUAUAAACGGAAGCAAACUGCUUUGACGAUUCUUAUCAAUGACUCUUUACAGUCUUUAUGGGACGACUACAAAGCUGGCAAACUUUCGACUCAGCAGCUUUUAUUUGAGUCAUCAAAAUGGGUGGCGAAAAAACUUUAA